AUGUCUAGUCAGCGUCUUGUCCUAGGCCUCCCACGUGUCUUGCCGUCGCUGCCGACUGCCUUCGCCUGCGCCGCCGUGUCGUCCCUGCGUCGAGGGUGGUUGCUCACCACUGAGGACACUCGUGGUCGUCGUGUCAGCUGUCUUCACUUCGACCGUGGGGGGUACGCCGCGCACCAGCUGAACCUCUGGCCACGUGUCUCUCGACCAGAGGUUUCACCGACCAGUCUUUGGACAGGGUCCCCUGGUGUUGCGUCGCGGUUUCGUGUCUGGGGGUGCUUGGCUCUUGUCUGCGACACCUCCGCGGACAAGCUCUCGCCUCGUGCCGUCCCCUGUGUCUUCCUUGGUUUCCCUGAGGACUCCUCUGACUUCACCUUUUACCACCCUCCCUCUCACCGGUUCUUUGACUCCCGUGACGUCCGUUUCGAGGAGUCCACUCCGUACUACGUCAGGUACCCCGGUCGAGGUCUCCCGGUUCCUCCUCCCCCCCUCUUCCUGACUGCCGUUCCCCCUCCUGCUCCCCCGGUACAGCCUCCCCCCCCUGGUCCAGCCCCGUCAGGUGUGUCCCAGGCUACCCCUCAUCCUUCGGUAGCCCCUCCGGUACAGCCUCCCUCCCCACAGUCCUCCUCGCAGCGUGCCGCUGGUGCUAGCUCUCGAGAGGUUGGUGCGACGCCUGUUCCUGUACCGGUUUCUGGUUCUGGGGGUGCUGGAGUUAGAGCUGGAGUUGGAGCUGGAGUUGGAGCUGGAGUUGGCACUGGAGUUUCUGGUUCUGGGGGUGCUGGAGUUGGAGCUGGGGUUGGAGCUGGAGUUUCUGGUUCUGGAGUUGGAGCUGACCAGGUGGGUGCAGAGGACUCUUGUCGUCCGGGAGCUGGUGCUGGCCGCGCGGACACUGGGGGUGCUGCGUCUGGGGGUGAGGGUGCGCCUCCUUCUGGUUCAGGUGAGCCUGGGUCUGGAGCUGGUGUUAGUGCUGCCUCUGGGGGUGGUGAGCCUAGUUCUUCUGGAGUGGACUCUGGAGCUGCCGCUGCUUCGGACACUACUCCGCCCCCCCACCCCUACCCGACUAGGCACCAGGCUCGUGUUCGCCGUGCCCGUGACGAGCAGCUGGCGUUGGAGAGAGAGGAGAGGGAGUUACAGCGGCUGGAGGAGCAGCAGCAGCAGCUGGAGCCGCAGGAGCAGCAGCAGCAGCAGCAGCAGCAGCAGCUGGACCCGCAGGAGCAGCAGUCCCAGCAGCAGCCGCGUCCGCAGCAGCAGCAGUCACAGCCGCAGCAGCAGCAGCCACUUCCUCCUCCUGUCUCGGGUCUUCGGAUCCUUGGUCUCCCCUCCCCUUCUCCUCCCUCCUCCGCCUCUCCUCCUGUCUACGGUCCCACGUUUCCUCCUCCUGACUCCUCCCCCGCUGUUUUCCCCAGUUCUCCGCCCUUGUCCUCUUCUCCUCCGUCUCGUUCUUGGGCUACUCGUCGCUCCCCUCGUGCUCGUCCCUCGUCUUCUGUUCCCUUCACUGACCUUCGUACUGCCUUCCUUCUUUCUAGUCCACCUCGUCCGUCUCAGUCUGUGCUUCCAUCUCCUCCUGAGUCGGCCCUCACUGUGUCGCUCCCUACUCCUGUCACUGACUACUACCGCACGUACCGUCCUGUUCUCUCUCGUGUUCUCGCCUCUCUUGUUACUCACCCUCGUGCCUCUGUGUCCUCUGUGUCCGCUCUUACUGCCGCAGUUACUGACUUUGCCUCUACCCGCCGCCUUGACUACGCCACCACGCUUGUGGCUGCUCCUCCUACCAGUCCUCUGGCCGUCGGGGGUGUGUCUGCCCUUGGCUGUGACGCCCUAGAGGACAGGCAGGUUGAGCUAGAGUUCCUGGCGGCCGCUUCCCCUCAUCUCUGUGCCAUGCUCCUCGCCCCUGAGGGUGACCCCGGACGCCCUUGA